CUUACGGAUCUGAAAUUUAAAUAAAUUGUGUCCUGGGCAUUCUCAACGUCUAAUACAGUUUUUAAUGGGAUAUCUCGGAUUCUCUUCGAUUAGUAGGUGGGUUUUCGUUUAUUAUUUCGUUAAGCUGAGGAGCGAAAGCGAAAGUGGAACUCUGCCAGUCUGGGGCUCUCUCGGAUCUUCCGGCUGGCCGGUUCAAAGUUCGACCCGAGGCCGCCGCCAUUUUGAAUUUUCGCGCGCAUCUGAGAGGCGGCGACGCCGCGUGUCAGUGCUUCCGAACGACGCUUAGCAUUGUCAGUAGAUGACGGCAGAUGACAGCGAUAGAUCGUGCCGAAUGGUUUGGGGGUCAACCACGUGUGUGUUAUCGAGGAGAAGAUGUCAUUGAAUUAUGAUUGGCAAGCCGACGGCGACGACUCCGACGAGAGUGAUCCCGGCAACAGGAAAACCGGCUCUUUCAGUCCGCCUUCGGAAUUCGAGGACUCUUUGUAUGUUAUGGCAGAUCUUUACGGACAGACACCGCCUAGAACACGACUCAUUCGCAGACAGAGGCAGAGAAAGCAGAGAGUAUCGGCUGGGGAAGAAAAAUUUUUAACCCACGAGUCUCGACCCAGGACCAAUCCUUGUCGCCGAAGCAACUUGGACACCAUGCUGGUCAAACCUACCUGUGAUAAAACUGUCAAGAUCUGCGAGGAGGGAAAAGAAGAGGCUGCUAAAGACGGGAGUCGGAAGUGUAAGAGAAGUCUGAAAUUAUUACGCGGUAACGAGAGGGAUUUGAAGCUGGACGUUGGCGCUGCUCUCAGUUACGUAGACAAGGACGAUCACCUGCAGGUCUCCACUCCGAACAACAUGAAGGUCGAGACUAGAAAUAGAUUUCGCUGUCUGCUGUCCAAACCGGUUGGGGUAGAGGAGAAGAAAGCGGAGAAGGUCAAGACGCCUCUCGUGAAUUCGACAAAGGAAGAGACCGCCGCGCAAUCGCCGAGGUCGCAGAGCAUUAAAGAAAGGGAGAUAUUCCACGACACCUUUUCCUUUCUAAUCAAGCUCGGGAGUUCCGACAAGGAGCGCAAUUGCCAUCGACAGAUGAGUCGAGAGGAGACGCGAUGGCAGAACGAGUUGAAGGACUUGAUAUGGCUCGAGUUGCAGGCUCAUCACGCGGAACGCACACCGAUGGCGCAGGACGAGUAUCUCUGCAAACAGAGAGAGGCGGUCGGCACGCUCCUGGCGGAGAUCAUCAAGUACAGGUUCGAUUCGACCGCGAGAAUUAGCGAGACCGGCUCAGCCUCUAUGACUUGUAACGACGACCCGGAGAGCAAUGCGAGUUCCCUGCCGAGUCCGAAUGUCGAUUCCAACGUCUGUCCAGGAUGUCUGUCGAUGUUCUGCCGAGCCUGUUCGCGGGCCCAGUCGGAAGCUCUGAAGCAGGUCGAGGGACUCCUCGCCAGGCUGGAAGCCGCGGAAGUCCUGUAUCCGUCGUCCCAUGCCUUCGCCACGCAUUAUCCUCUCUACAAGAGCCCCGAAUUCACCGACAGAGUCAAGGCCAUGUGUCUCUGGUACAACAUGACCAAGCACCAUCGACUAAAACUCCUCAUUCUUGGGAAGCUUCUCAUGCUUCUACAUACCAAAAAACGCCACGAGGACUCUAGCGAUUCUGGAAUCAGCUCCCGAUCCUCCGAUACGGUAGAUUCGAUGGAGUCACGGCAGGUCCUGGUGCGAUUUGAGUUGUCCCAAAAUGAGGACAGCAUCAGUCCCUCGGAUAGCAGCAACAGUAAUUCUUCGUCAGUCGGUGGAUUUUCAUUCGGGCCAACUUGGCCUUCCAGGCCUGAGCUGUCCUAUUCAUGUCUGGAUGACGAUAGACUCAAUCGCUUAGACUUUUAUCUCUUAGAAUUUGACAGAAUUGCGUACAGGAAGUACAUCGAAGACGUCUUAAAGACUCGAGGACUUAGGAAGAGCUUGAAUUUUUUGGAGCGACUGCACACGUCAAUUUUGAGAAAGGCAAGGUUGACUUUACAGAAACCUGACUCCAGCGACAGCGAAGGGAGUGCCACCGAGGAAUACGAAGGCGAUCGCGAGUUGAAACGUUACGGAGUUUGGAGUCCGGAAGCACAAGCGUUACAUCUUCCGUCUUAUAGGGCAGCGUUCGUGUUCCUUUCCCGUGUUCCCCUGGACGUGGUCCACGAGUUCCUCAGAAUAAGACUGGAGCAAAAGCCAGAUCAACCGAGCACUUUGUCGGUUGGUCAGUUGAUGCGCGAAUUGAGAGAAGGCAUCAGAAUCGCUUGCAUACAUCGGGACAGAUUUGCAGCUCACUCGAAAGCAGCUAUUGCCUCCGACGAGAGCAUUCGCGAAAUCCUUUUCCAAGAAGACGUUAAGGAGUUCGAUGAGAGCCUUCAGGCAGUUUUCGAGGUCUACCUGGAUUAUCUUCAACAGUGGGUAGAUAUGGUACAACGUCAGAGUUUCAACAAGAAUUUCAUCGAAAAUGAGUGGUUGUUCGUUGAAUCCAUCUCAGGGAAAAUAAAAAAUGGCCACGUCAUCGCAGCAUCGAAAUUCUGUGGGAUCGCGUGCACGUUGAUUCAGCAGGUGAAAAAUUUUCUUACGGACCGUCCUCGAAGACUAAGGGAGUGCGUCGAAGUGAAGGAAGACGAUGAAUGGUUGACUAAAUUUCACAUGAUGUCCAUCGGUAGAGAGUGGCAAUGCAUGUUUGUCGAAGCUCGAGAGGAACUUGUCAAAAGUGUAGCUUUUGCUAGAGCUCUAAGGCGAGAUAUUGAGAAGUGGUCUGACGGGAAAGAGGAGAUAAGCGAAUCGGUUAGCAAGUUAAAGAAUGCCGUUGUGGACUUGAGGCAUAUGAUCACGGUCGUGAUAGAGAAUUUUCAAAAUGACAUCAAUCAAGCGGAUGAGCCUAAAGUCGAAAGUGAUCGCGCAGCGAUGCGCACGAGAAUUCGAGAGAUUCUUCACCAAGCAUACAGAAUGGGAUUUGAGUAUUACAAAGAACUCUGCAAGCUCUUCCUCCCGGAAGAAAGAACCGUUCUGGCUCGUAGUCUGGUGAGCUUUGCUCGACUUUGGAUGGACUUUGUCAGGACAAGGUGCGAACGAGGUAGGGGACUGAGGCCCAGGUGGGCCAAUCAAGGCCUCGACUUUUUAAUGACCGUCUGUGAACCACUCAAUACUAAACAUUUAACCGACCAAGAAUUUGAAGAACUGAAGACGUGCAUGGAUCGAUGCAUAUCACACGUCGUUGGUACCGCUACGCCAGUUGGAAAUUCUGACGUAGAAAAUUUGAAGAAAAUUCCCAGAUCCAGAGCAACCUCGCCGUCUCAGCCUAGGCCAAGGACGUCGAGUUUUAGUCUUUCCCAGAGAUCACGAGAAAAUUUGGACUCGCCAGAUUCUUCAAUGAACGUGAAAAAAUAUUCAGGCUCUCCUGUGAUAACCGAUGGACAGAUAGUGGCUACCUUAACCGUGCCGGAUCGGGCUCUUGCCAGACAACAAAGGAUCGCUUUCGCGAUUAACAAUGUAGAACGUGAGCUAGACGAGAGAUUAAGAAGUCGGGAGCUGAUAGGGCAGGUUACCGAUAGGAAGAAGGACGUCGACAGGGUCUAUAUCAAAGCGAAACGGGUUACCUUCACUUGGCAGAGAGGCAUCAAAAUCGGGCAAGGUAGAUUUGGAAAGGUUUACACGGUGGUGAACAAUAGGACCGGGGAAUUACUGGCCAUGAAGGAGGUCCAGCUACAACCUGGAGACCACAGAGCGAUAAGACGAGUAGCGGAGGAAUUGCAAAUCUUUGAAGGAAUCCAACACAAACAUUUGGUUCGUUAUUACGGAGUUGAAAUUCACAGGGAGGAGAUGCUGAUUUUCAUGGAAUUUUGCGCAGAAGGGACUCUACAAAGUCUGGUGGCUUGCAGCGGAAAUGGACUACCAGAGUCGUUAGUCAGAAAAUACACCCAUCAGCUUUUACUAGCCGUAGCGGAAUUACACACCCAUGGAAUCGUUCACCGUGAUAUUAAAAUUGCUAACAUUUUUCUGACCGACGAAGGCAAUUGUCUGAAGCUGGGAGACUUUGGUUCCGCGGUGCAGAUCAAAGCUCACACGACGAUGCCUGGCGAACUUCAGGGUUUCGUUGGCACGCAAGCUUACAUGGCACCCGAAGUGUUUAUGAAGACGGAGAGCGAAGGCCAUGGAAGGGCAGCUGAUAUUUGGUCCGUGGGAUGCUGUGUAAUCGAGAUGGCCAGUGGUCGACGUCCAUGGGCGGAGUAUGAUUCCAAUUAUCAAAUUAUGUUCAAGGUCGGAAUGGGAGAAACACCUCCACCCCCGAAGACCUUGUCGCAGGAGGGUAUUAUCUUUAUUCAGAAGUGUUUACAGCACGAUUCUAAAAAACGAGCCACAGCUAGUGCACUGCUCUUGCAUACUUUUGCUCGGUCCUACGAGGACGUCAACGUAGAUCUUGUCAAGUCGAGUUCUUGAACACCAUUUCGCGCGGUUCUUCGGGCGGCUGACACAUGGGUAGCUUUAUUUAUGUACAAAUGUGACUUCCCUGAAAUGCCUUAAUUUAUAUCCUUCUCCAGAUUCUAAGUUGCAGAUAUACUUCGAUGAGCGUACCUGUAGAAUAGAAUUACCUCGAUGGAAACAUGCCCUUAUAAUGGCUAGACAUAUGUGUACUUCCGGUAAAUAUAGUGGCUUGAGAAACA